GCUAGAGGCCAGGGGGUGGCAGUGACGGCGUUCGGCUUGUUCUUGUUGUUGUUUUUGUUGCUGCUGCUGUUAUCGUUGCCAACACCACCACCAUCGAAAUAGACGGCCGCACAGCUGCGGCCAUGGGCGCCCAUGGCGUUCCAAGCGAUAUAUGCAUAUCCACCAGCAGCAGGCCCUACAUGCCCCAAGGACAGGUGGAAAGCCAAUCAUGUGGCGCGAUUGAGCCCCUGUUAGCCGAUAGGGGUAUAGCCCGAAAAGCGCGAUCCCCCUCCAAGCUAGCAAAUGACGGCUCGUUCGUUCGCUUCUUCCCAUACACCAUACACAGUGAUGAUACACUUGCAUUAGUUAUCAUCACAUAUGGUUUUCCACUUAUUAGAUCCUCAGUCCAGCAUAGUCGCGCCUGGUUUUCCCAAGGCCGCGCGUGCCCAACGAAACAUCUGUUGGCUCCAAGGACAUGUCUGGCGCGGCCAGCUCUGGACAUCCGCAACACCCCUCGUGAAAAUCGCCCCCCAAAAGUGCGCAUGAAGAUAUCGUAUGAUUUUCGCUCCCAUUCCGUGCUAUUUCCACUGUGUGACGGCGAGCGUUUUACAUCGAUAACAAACAUCAAAGACGCGUCACUCCUGUCCCUGCGGAAACAACUACCUUUCUGCGCAAUGUUGAUACGAAACUUCAAUACUUUUGGACUACACACUGCGAGAGACGAGUCGGUGUCAGAUCAUAAUCCCGAGUCGCGACUCGUGGCUGUGCUUCUUCUCAUAUCACAUUCAUACAAUCAUUCAGCACAGGCUUGGGAAUGCGUGUCAUCUCGGCAAGGCCCCCUCUUGCAUAUUGCCAAGGCAAGCCUUUCGGGCUACCUCAUUGUGUGAAACUUGCGCAUGGAUUGACCCGCAAGUGAAUCUUCCGCCGGCAAGGAGGGCGAGGUUCUCGACCGGUGAACGUGAUCUCCCAGGCACCGGUGCUGUUUCGUCGUCGCCGCCACGGGGUGAGCGUCCACGUCAACUGCUCCUGCGCCAAUUCAUGGAGCCACGGGCAUAUGCAUGUUGGGUGAGACGCGGCACGAACGACAUCCCAAACCCUGAAUGAUCCUCCCCUGAUGCGCCCUGCUAUUCCAGCCUC